AUGGCAGCUGAAGGGGACUUUGCUCAAGGCUCUGCCUUUGAAGAUGAGAGACCUGCCGAGCCAGCCUCGUCUAUCCUGGCCACGCAUUUUGCUCCACGCCUAGCAACCCAAGGGCAUGAGCCGCAGCGACUGUCUCGGGAGGCAUUUUCACAGCUCCGACAGGAGCUGCUGGGUGAAAAAUAUACCCACUUUCGCGUGGAUGAGGGAAUCACCGAUAUCAAUAAGCUGAUAUGCAUCAUUCUCAAGGCCGGGUUGGAAGUUAGCCCCACUAGCAGCGGCACAGAAGAAGACUUGGAAGGCCAAGUCUUGGACUGUUUGGAGAUCAUCCAAGUCAGCAUUGACAAAGCUCCCCAGGCUUUAUGGGAUGUAUCAGAUCCCCUCAUCUUGAGUGAAGAUGUCCAGGCACCCUUGUUCUCAUGGUUGAUCCUGCGCUUGAUCAGACUGUCCUGCAUGUGGCACGUCGAGGCUGUUCAGGACAGGGUCCAUUCCAUUCUCACCAGCAUGGCUUGUCUGCAGUACAAACAAGUCCGUUCAUCGCCGUCGUGCUAUGGGAUCUCGGCAUUCCUUCGGAGUUGCGUACUAGACAUAUUGUGUUCACUGGAAGGCUUCCUGGAUGUGGACUUGCGAAGUUUCCGGCCUGUGAAGCUAUUUAUCCCAUCCAAAAGCGGAUCCCUGAUGAUAGACCUGGAUAACCUGGGCCUACCUCGUGGUCUGCUGAAACGCAGCCUGACUCUAGGGACAUUUUCCCAGGCGGCUGCUCUUGGCACAGUUUUGUUGGACGCUCUUAGUCCCGAGGCGUCGGUUCAGGAUGUGGGCAAGCGGCGAAACUGCACACUUCGACAGAACCUCCCAUGGGCAUUGAAUGGAUACCAUCGCCUUCGAAGAGUGCUUGUUAGAUGGCUACAGACCCCGGGUAUAAAGGUCACGCCAAGCGACGAGCAGGUCCUCUCGCAAUUCUUGAUAUACACCCGCCGUCUCUGCGUGUCCGAGUCAUCAAUGGCCACCCUGUUGUCUGACAUGAGUCUGGCUUCCACAUGGACUCAAUGCCUUGCUGAAUUUCUUCCUCUCAGCAUUUGUCUCCCAAUGCCCGCAAUUCAACUCGACUUGAGCCAUUUUCUGGACGAAGUGAUGUUAGCUAUCAAACAGUCUAGAUUGGCUGUGCCACAGCUGAGGGAUAUUCUUCUGCCUGUUCUCACGGACAUUCGGGCCCAAGACUCUAAUCCUCAGAUAGUGGAAAACUGUCUCGGAACUUCCAUCCGCAGUCUCUAUGCACAAUUGCUUGAUAGCACCACGCUUUCACUGCACUCCUUUGGUGUGUCGUCGGCAUCUGCAGAUGUUGGUUCAUCCGUCGUAAACCGAAAGCAACGAAACAUGGACCAAGACAGAGAACAAGGUGACGAAGAAGUACGAGCACCAAAGCGGCUAUGCCUAUCGGUAGAGUCCUCCGUUGCGGACUUGAUUCAAAUGUUCUUGGAGGAACUCUCAACGCUUUUGGGCUGUGAGUGUGCAGCAAGCUUGACAGAGUUGUGCGCUGCUGUACAGAACCUUUACGAAGGAGUGUCCGAACCCCAAAGAACACAGUUCCUUCAAGUUCUCGGUAAACUUUCAUGUGCAGUAGUGGGAACUUUAGUGCGGAAACCAUCAGGCCUUAUUACGAGCGACACCCUUUUUUGUCAAAGGUGUGACAGUGACCAGCAUGAAUUGGACAUCAUACCCGGGAAAGAUAUCGCCGGCUAUGAGGACCUAUGGACAAUCUUAAACUUCGUCCUGCCUCGACUCUCGCGUACACCCGGUCCGCGGAUAGCUGCCAUGGUCGCUUUAAGGCGAAUACUGAUGCAUUCCCCAAAUCUAAACCAUAUGCACCUCUCCUCGUCUGCGUCUGGGGAGUUCUGCCUGCAUUCACUUCGGAGCUCCAUACGCGAGCUUCGAGUUGCAACCGGACACUCGGUGGUAGCAUUUGUGCGACCAACCCUCCAACCGGACGUUCGCCGGGCCAACUUUGUGAUCAUUUUAGAAUGGCUGAGAAAUCUGUCCGAAAAGAACGACAUGCCUCUGCAAGAGGCAUGCAUUUUGACGCUAUGUCGUCUCGCAAGGGUCUCGGAAGAUGAUGAGAAGAAUAUCAUCCUCUUACGUCUGCUGGAGUACCUUGGUCAUCCAAAUCCCUAUGUCUGUGCCGUGGCCUACAAUGAACUAUCUAAACUCGCGCAGCAAUUUUCCUUGACUCCCGCUGGCUUGUUCCGGCCGUACUGGCGAACGCUCUCCGUAGCAGUCGUCAAAAAUCUUCAGACUCGCCCGUACAUGGCUGAGCAACUCUGUGAAUUACUGGGGAUGAAAGUUGACGGCUUUCUUCGGCUGACAGAGGUCCACGUGCUGCCCUACUUGGUCUUGACGAGAAAGCGAGAUAUUAUUUGCAGGAUUGGGGCAAGCCGCAACGAAGGCGAAUCGCCGUUCGAUGUUUGUUCUGAGAAAAAUAACCUUGCUGCAAUUCUGGCCUUCCUUCUGGCCCAGCAGUCUGAUAAUCCGGAAGCCAUGAUCAUGUCGCUUCUUGCGGAAAUAGACCCUGCAUUCAAGGGUCGGUCCUUAGCUGAAUUGGUGCGAAUCGAACCGAUUCUCAUUGCUUGUGACUUGCUGAAGAGCCUUGGAGAUGCUGGAGAGCAGAACAAAGAAAGGUUCCUUCAAGCCCUCCGUCGCCUUGCGACCUUCGUUCCCCGGAAAUUCCUGCAUGCAAGCUCCUCCAAAAAAGCAGAUCUCUUGAGCCACUUCAUCGAAGAGCAUGUUCUCGGAAUUAUCACUCAAUUUGCAAAUGCAAUCAACGAUUUUCAAGUGAGGCAAACUCUGGCCGAAAAACGGCGGAACCUCAAGGCUAUCGAAGAAAUGAUCAACAUUGCUCAAGGACAUGUUAGCAAUGCACUACCUCAAGUCUGCGCCUGUCUCCGAUCUGCGCUUGAGAUUGAAGAAUUGUGCGACCAUGCAUUUUCAGCUUGGAAGACACUGAUUCGUUCUCUAAGCGAGGAGGAUAUCGAGCCUCUGAUCGACCAAACCUGGGCAAUUGUGAUCAGAUAUUGGGACAGGCUAACCGAUGAAAGCAGAAGACAAGCUCAUCAACUCAUUGACCACAUCUUAACCAACCAGCCCAACCUUGUUCGGGAUACCUUCAAUACCAUGCCCUCGCUUGCCUCCAUCUCCGAAUUGGCCGCUUUCGAGACCAAGAUCAGUGAGCUGCGAGCGGAAAUGGAUGUUAGAAGCAGAUUCCUAGCUCUCAUUCGCCGCUGUCAAAGUGAAAAUUCAACUGUCGUUGAGCAGGCUCUGAGGGAACUGAUGCCUUUCCUCUCUGACAAUGAAGAAUUCCUACAUGUGUCUGUUCUCAGCGAACAGCCCGAUCCCGUGGUUGCACAGUUGACGCGAGCAUUGCUCGAUUGCUGUGUGAAAUUCAGCACCAGUUCCGACUCUAUUACUUUAUUAUCGUCGCAAUGCUUGGGCCUCGUUGGCUGCCUCGAUCCAAAUCGAGUGGAAACAAUCAAGGAAAAGAAGGACAUCCUUGUUCUGUCGAACUUUGACCGAAUGGAGGAGACUGUGGAAUUCAUUCUCUUUUUCCUUCAGCAUGUUCUCGUCGAAGCAUUCUUAUCCGCGUCCAAUACGCGAGCGCAGGGAUUCCUAGCCUACGCCAUGCAAGGUCUCCUCAAGAUCUGCAAUCUGAAUGCGGCUGUGACCCAAAGAUCCCGCGAUCUCCAAGGCGAUGAAAAGUAUCAACGGUGGAUGGAGCUUCCAGAAAGUGUUCGAAAUACACUUACUCCAUUUCUUACGUCUACAUACACUGUCACUGUCGUCGCAACAAAUUCAAAGGUCACAUACCCUUUGCUGUCACCUAAAACAACACACAGUGAAUGGCUUCGGACUCUGGUGCAAGAUCUGCUCCAAACGGGUAAUGGAGACAACGCAAAGCUCAUAUUUGCAGUAUGUAGCCGUGUUGUCAAGGGUCAAGACAUAUCCAUUUCCUCGUUUCUCUUUCCGUUCGCUGCCUUGAAUCGCAUUGUUGGGGGUACCGAGCAGGAACAGCAAGAUCUUCAGCUCGAACUCUUAAAUGUACUCUCCCAUCCUCUCCCUGAGGCGAACAACAAUUUCCGUGAAACAAUCAUCAGCAGCAGCCAAAGUGUUUUCGAGGUUCUAGAUUACCUGUCACGAUGGCUUCAGGGCAAGAAAAAACAGCUCAAUGCCCUAAAUCUUCAGUCGUAUCAAUCGAGUCGAUCUCAUAAAGAUACCAGUCGUGAUGCGCUGCUCGACAAGUAUGCUUCACAGAUCAAAUCUGUAGAAGUUCUACUUGCCUCAAUCCCACCAGAAAUCAUUUCGAAGAGAGCCGUCGAAUGCAAAUCGUUUUCCAGGGCUCUUUUCCACUGGGAACAGUACAUCCACAAGUGCAAAUCACAAUUGGAACCGCAGGAAACAACAAGCUCUGAACAGCUGUAUGAGAGGCUACAGGAUAUUUACAGCCAGAUUGAUGAGCCCGAUGGAAUCGAAGGUAUCUCAAGCCAUCUAUCAGCACUCAGUAUUGAUCAACAGGUCUUGGAGCAUCGGAAGGCAGGUAGAUGGGCUACCGCACAGAGUUGGUAUGAACUGGAACUGGAGAAGGAACCCGAAAAUAUUGAUGCUCAGUGGAAUCUCGUCACUUGUCUCAAGGAAUCCGGCCAGCAAGACGCAAUUGUUACCAGAUUCGAGGUCCUCAAGCAAUACGAAUCCGCUGCCUCUCGGCUUCUACCAUUUGCGGUUGAAGCUUCAUGGAUAACCGGCAGGUGGGACAAACUGCAGGGCUACCUGGAACUGUGUGCCAGCAAAUGGACUGGGGAGUUUAACGUUGGCAUUGGAUCAGCUCUCAAUGCACUUCGCCAAAAAGGGACCUCUGCUUUCGUGGAGAUUGUCAACGAACUCAGACUCAGUGUGGCAAAGUCAUUGACGGCUAAUUCUGUAGCAUCGUUACAGUCCUGCCAUGAUGACAUGCUUCGAUUACAUGCAUUGGCUGAUGUGGAAGCUAUAGUUCACGCAGGGCCUGACGAUUCUCAUCCUUCCAAGGACUUCUUGCUUCGUACUCUGAAUCGGCGGUUAGAUGUGCUUGGGGGUUAUCUUGCUGACAAGCAGUAUCUUUUGGGCUUGAGGCGAGCGGCAAUGGAGCUAGCGGGCGGCUUUGGUAACUCCGAUAUAUCGGCUGCUUGGUUGACUAGUGCCCAUCUUUCGAGAAAGGGUAAUUUCACUGGCCAGGCAUACCACUCGAUGCUGCAUGCUGCGCGCUUAAAGGAUCGUUCAGCCAGCAUUGAACACGCCAGGUUGCUUUGGAAAGACGGACACCACCGAAAGGCAAUUCAGACCCUGGAGGGUGCCAUAGCGUCUAAUGAAUCAAACACAACAACCUCGUCUGUUGACUCGCAGACCGCCUCCUUUCUUUCGGGUCGUGGGAAGAAUCAGAACGAGACUGCUGCUGUGGCACAUCUCAUGUUAGCGAAAUGGACAGACAGGGCCGGACAAACGCACUCGCGUGCCAUCGUUGAGCGAUAUCGGGCAGCCAUCAGACUAUAUCCCAGAUGGGAAAAGGCGCAUUAUUACCUGGGAAAGCAUUACAACAAAAUCCUCGAACUGGAAAAGGUCAAACCAAUGGGAAAAGAGGCACAGAUCUACCUGAGUGGAGAAGCCACGAAGUUGGUGAUUGAUAACUACCUACGCUCGCUGACAUAUGGCUGCAAAUACGUGUUCCAAACACUGCCGAAGAUCUUAACACUGUGGUUAGAACACGCCUCUGUCGUCGACCAGCCGAUGGACCCGAAACGAGGCGAUAAUGAGGAAUUCCGGCAACAUGCCCAUGCUCAGCGACUUAAGAGUCUGGACGAGAUACACAAUCAGCUGAGAAAGUACAUGUUAACUCGCAUUCAAGCCUUCUUGCUGUUCACGAUCCUGCCUCAAGUAGUAGCUCGUAUCUGUCAUCGCAACAACACUGUCUACGACAUUCUAUCACGGAUGGUGAUAAAAGCUGUUCAAAGCUUCCCACAGCAGGGCUUGUGGACUGUUCUUGCUGUGGUCAAAUCCUCCAACAAGGAUCGAGCCCUCAAAGGACAAGCUUGCCUCGCCAAGAUUCAAGAAUCCAACAGCAAGGUGAAGAAAGAUGCCUCCGAUAUCCGCCGUAUGAUACAGCAAGGCCAAAAGUUCUCAGAUGAGUUGCUCCAACUCUGUCUCGCUCGUGUGGAAGAAAGAGCUUCCAAGGUCACUCUUGCUCGAAACCUCGGUUUCAAUCACAAAGUCGCCCCCUGUCGCUUGGUGGUUCCCUUCCAGGCAAUGUUGAUUCCCAGCCUCCCAGUCAUCCAAGAUUCUGAGCACUUGAAAGGGUUCCGGUCUUUCCCUCGGGAUCCAACGACAAUAGAGGCCGUUCUCGACGAAGCUCAAAUUCUGAACUCUCUUCAAAAACCCCGCAAGAUCAGCAUUCGAGGCUCAGACGGAAAAAUUUAUAAUGCGCUUUGCAAACCAAAAGAUGAUUUGCGCAAGGACCAACGCCUGAUGGAAUUCAACAACAUGAUCAAUCGCUUCUUGAAACGAGACGUCGAGUCAAGCAAGCGACGAAUGUACAUCAAAACGUAUGCCGUGACUCCUUUGAACGAGGAAUGCGGUAUCAUCGAAUGGGUCGACAAUCUUCGCACCUUGAGGGACAUUAUCGUGAAGCUUCUGCGCGAACGAAGAAUCCAGCCGAAUGCAAGUCUACCAUGCCCCUGCUCGAUCUUGUAUUACACCGAAAUCAGACAUUACCUCGACGAGAUUUGCGCGGACCGAACCUUUUCGAAGCUGUCCCUCUGGAACACGAAGAUCCUACCUAAGCUUCCUUCCGUGCUACACGAAUGGUUCAUCGAAAUGUUCCCCGAAACCGAAUCGUGGUUCACGGCAAGACUGCGGUAUACGCGGUCCGCGGCUGUAAUGUCAAUGGUUGGAUACGUUCUAGGACUCGGCGACCGGCAUGGUGAGAAUUUGUUGUUUGAAGAAGGAACAGGCGGCAUUCUCCACGUUGAUUUCAACUGUCUCUUCGACAAGGGCCAAACCUUCGAAAAACCAGAGGUGGUUCCAUUCCGCCUGACCCAUAACAUGAUAGAUGCCUUUGGCGCUUACGGAUACAACGGACCCUUCCGCAGAACCUGCGAGAUCACCCUCGGUCUCUUAAGGCAAAAUGAAGACGCACUAAUGACUAUUCUGGAGACCUUUCUUCACGACCCAACAACAGAUUUCAUUGGGAAAAGACGUCGCACGCAUGUCAACGUGCCCGAUACACCAGCUGGGGUCUUGGAAGAUGUUCGCAACAAACUUCGGGGAUUCAUGUCUAAGCAGCCCAUUCCACUCUCUGUGGACGGGCAAGUGGAUGAGCUGAUCAUGCAAGCAACUGACAAAAAGAACCUUGCAUCAAUGUAUGUCGGAUGGUGUGCAUUUUUCUGA